CGUCAGACAAAAACAAACCUCUUUGCCAUCUCACACUUCCCACCCUCCAAUUGCCCAUCUCUUUUCUCUGUCUCUCCCUGGAAUCAAUUCUUUCUGUGUUUCUCACUUUCAUUUAGGAAAUCGCAGGAGCAGGAGUUUCAUUGCAGUAAAAAUCCAAUCUUUGAGAUUUUUUUGGAUUUCCAGAUGUAGUUUGUUGCUUCAAGCUUGUCCGUUUGCACAAAAGUCUCUUCCUUUUCAAAAAAAUAGAUUAAACAAAUAAAAUGCCACUUUCAUCCUCCGCUUCUCCCACCAAUUUUCCGCUGGAAAGACAGGAAUUUGCUCACAAAUUAAAUGUCUGAUAUUUUCUUGGCUUGUAGGAAAAAGUUGUUGUCUACUCAAUUCUAACCUCUGAUAAAAAAAAAUUGUAUAUACAUAGAGAAAUCUCCAUAUCUAUAUAUAUUUUGUAUAUAUAGAUAUGAUGGUGAAGGCGGAUUCAACCAAGGAUUCGAAUGCCAUAAACAAGGUUUUCGAAAGAGUUGGGGUGUACGGAUUUGGGGGCGCCACCAAUUACAAAAGGCUCAAACACACCGAAAAAGAUGAUGAUGAAGAUGGAAACAUGGAGCUCGAGCAGAUUGGCGCCGAGAGGGCCAAGACUGUCCUCAUUCUCAUGAGCGAUACCGGCGGCGGCCACCGUGCCUCCGCCGAGUCCAUCAGGGACGCCUUCCAGCUCGAAUACGGCGAUGAAUACAGGAUAUACGUGAAAGAUGUGUGGAAGGAGUAUACUGGGUGGCCACUAAAUGAUAUGGAGGGGCAGUACAAGUUCAUGGUCAAACACGUCCAGCUUUGGAAAUUUGCAUUCCAUGGAACUUCUCCGAGAUGGAUACACUCCAUCUAUCUUGCAGCUAUUGCUGCCUUCUAUGCCAAGGAGGUAGAGGCAGGCCUAAUGGAGUACAAACCCGAUAUCAUUAUAAGCGUUCACCCGCUCAUGCAGCACAUUCCGCUAUGGGUGCUCAAAUGGCAAGGCCUGCAGAAAAAGGUCUUCUUUGUAACUGUUAUUACUGACCUCAGCACUUGCCACCGCACAUGGUUUCAUCCAUUAGUGGAUCGACUGUACUGCCCCUCAGAGGCUGUAGCAAAGAGGGCGGUGCUAGAUGGCCUAGACAUAUCUCAAACUCGCGUAUACGGCUUGCCCAUUAGGCCUUCCUUCUGCAGAGCAAUUCUAUCAAAGGAUGAUUUGAGAGUCGAGCUUGAGAUGGAUCCGCUGCUGCCAGCCGUUUUGUUGAUGGGAGGCGGAGAGGGGAUGGGCCCUGUGAAGAAGACAGCAUUUGCUCUUGGAGAGUCACUAUUCGAUAAAGAACACGAGAGGCCAAUAGGGCAGCUCAUAAUCAUCUGUGGCCGCAAUCAAGAUCUAGCCGCCACCUUACAGUCCACCGAAUGGAAAAUUCCAGUCAAGGUUAGAGGAUUUGAGAAGCAGAUGCAGAAAUGGAUGGGUGCUUGUGACUGCAUUAUCACUAAAGCCGGACCGGGCACCAUUGCAGAGGCAUUGAUACGAGGCCUUCCCAUCGUUCUAAACGACUACAUUCCUGGACAGGAGAAAGGAAACGUUCCGUAUGUAGUUGACAAUGGGGCGGGCAUGUUCACUAGGAAGCCCAAGGAAACAGCGAAGAUUGUGGCAGAAUGGUUCAGCACAAAGAAAGACGAGCUCAUGAAAAUGUCUGAGAACGCACUGAGACUCGCGCAGCCAAAUGCAGUGUUCGACAUUGUUAGAGACAUCCACGAGCUGGCUUGCCAGCGCAGCCCUAUAGCGAACGCCCCGUACAUGCUGACGUCAUCGUUCUCAAGCUUGAUUUAGUGUGCAGGUGUGUUCCCAGGUUUCCAUCUCUGGCACGAGAUUAAAUUGACCAAGUCCAAUUUGGUGUAGCAUAUGAAAUUAUAGGAUUCUUUGUACAAUAUAUGCCCAAAAUUAAGAGAAGAAAGAAAGAAUGUUAGUUGGGGUUGAAAUUUUGUUUGGUAUUGUAUUCUUUUUAGGAUAGUCUUGACAUGUAGGAAUUGUACUUGAUGUGAAUUGUGAAUUAUAGUUGAUGUGAAGUGAUUUAUUCCACUUUGAUUUGCCAA